UCCGUGUGCAUGGCCAUUUAAAGCUUGUGCUGGUUUAUAACCAGGGUCUGAAUACCAACUCUAACAUUUUGUUAAAAUUUUAUAAACUGGAGCAAUGAUAUUUCGUAAAGCAGUGGAGCAUGCUAAGAAGCAUCCCGGGCUCAUCCCCCAGUUGUUCUUCAUCUGUUUGGGAAUGGGCGGGGCAGCUCUGUAUCUGAUCCGUUUGGCAAAAGGACCCCAUGUCACCUGGAACAAGACCAAAAACCCUGAGCCAUGGAAUCAACUAGACCCCACUUACCAGUACAAGUUUGUGGCCAUCACCACAGACUACCAAAACCUGAAGAAGGAGGGACCUGAUUUCUGAGUUUUUCACUCAGAUUUGAAACAAGCCAUACUCUAACCCAGCCCCUUGAUAUUCAGGUGAAAGGUUAAAAGAAUCCCAAAUCAUGAUCUGUAACACUUUAGGUUCACUGCCCGCUGUGUUUGUACAGAAGCUUGGGAUCUUUUAAAUGUGACCCGGAAUGUUUCUUGUGAAUUGUGAACUUACUAAAUAUAACGGUUUGUUAAGUCUGCCUCUAUGUAUAAGAUCUUUUAGUGUAUAGUUGUGAAUGUACCUAAAUAUUUUCAUUAAACGCUGUAAAUAAGCACCAGAAUUCUGCUUAAUGACUUUGACACUAACAUGAAAUAAACCUGAGAGUAGAGACUGACAGAUGAUAAUGAAUGAAAAAAUAAAAUUUUCAUCUUAAAGGGAUAUUUCGGGAUUUUUGAAGUUGGUUGGUUGGUUGAAGUAUGAGGUGCUUGGCUAUAGUAGUGGCAUUAGCCUCCAGUUAUUUCUGUGAAAAAAUUUGCUUAUUACGAGCUAAAAGAAAUCUGAAUUUAGAGUUAAAUAGCCACUCAUUUCAUCAGAUACUAAGUUAGAAAUAAAGAUGGAGGGGUGCUGAUUUAGCUCGUGGUAGAGCAGGUGCUCAUACACUCAGCAACAGUUCUCCACAUUUGGUGCAUGUCCUCUCCCACUCUCUCCACACAUUUCUUAUCUGUCCUAUCCAUUUUAAGCAAGAGGCCCAAAAAAAUUGUUUAAAAAUGUAAACACAAAAACAAAGGUGGAGGUGUAUGAGCUUGGGUUGAUCUCUAUGGAAAUAUAAAAUCUGAAUUAUUUUCAGAUGAGAAAAUGUUUUUCCAUUGUUUCCCUUUGCAGACGUGUAGACACACAGACUAUCGUUGAACACCUGCAGGACUGCUUCAGAUACACAUCUUUUUCC